CAGCGGAUGGAUGGACGUCGCAACGAGAUCGCCAGCCCGCCGCAACCCAAACGCAAUUCAACUUCAUGCACCGCGUCGAUGCUCAAGGCUCUCAAUCUUUUCCAGUUUUCCAGAACCUCUCAAUGAUACGCCAAAGGUGACAGAAAGCGCCAAUCCUGCCGGCCACGCAGGGUUCAGAGGAAGAUGCGCGAGUUCAUGCACUACAUCACCGAUGCCUUCUACAGCGCAAGCGGGUGGAACGAGGACAACACUUACAAGGAGCUGAACGCCACGGCGAGAGAGCUCAUCGACUUCCCGCUCCCUCGAGGGCUCCGUUUGAACCUCUCGUCACUUGCGACCCCCCACUUUGCGACGAGCUACCAACUCAGCAGCGUGGGCAUCGUCGACGGCUCCAUCUCAUACCUCCACAGCACCGUUCCCCUCACGGGAAUCGCUGCCCAAUCGGACCGGAUACCACUGCCGGCGCUCCUCCGAUCCUACCGACGACUACACGACCUUGGCUCAAGAGCUCGGCAAUGGGAUGUGGGGCCAGGCGACGCGCAAGCUGAGACGACGGUCCCUGCCGUCGCCAACACCGAACAAAGUCCGGCCAGUCGCGGAGGAACGCUCCUUUAUGGCCGCCUGUACCUGCCACGGUCGCUCCUCGAAGGCCUCGUUGUCCGGCGACUCACACCGUCUCUGCAGGUCCAGCUCUCAGCCGUCAGUGAAAGGUCUCUGCGGAACGGCGGCACGUUGCUAGGCUUGGUUCAGUAUGAUAGGGGAAAAUACGGGGUUGAGGGUUUAGCAUCGACCGACGGUGGGCUUCUCGGCAUCCGUGGCCUCUACAACUUCGGCGGAGACGCCUCUUUGCCGUCUGCGAGCUCCGCUGGCGGUCCGGCCAACGCGGAGAAUCACGGCAACGGCCAGUCGGUGGAGAAAGAGCGCAUAUACGGCCGGUUCAGCGCCGGCGGCGAGGUGUACUAUGGAACGCUCAACAAGUCUGGUGGCAUGUCCCUCGGAGCGCGCUUCGCGACUUUACCGGCGCACCGGGGGACCCCGCUGACAGCGACCUUGACCAUCAAUCCGCUCAUGGGGAACAUCAAUGCCACCUACGCCGUCCUCGCCAAGGACUACUGCUCCCUGGCCACGAGGAUGGAGUUCAAUGUCUACAGCUACGAGAGCGACUGGGCAGUCGGGAUGGAGUUGUGGAGCAACAGGAGGCCAGCAGGGUUCUUGCUCGGCGCAGACCCAAACAGUCAGCCCGAGAGCGACCUUGAACCACCCAGGAAGAAGGAGAGAAGCUUCCAGGCGAAAAUGGAAUGGAGACUAGACGACCCCGAGCCUGAGCCCAGGAUACCCAAGCCCGAGGAGGGACCUGCGGGAAAGGAGGAGUACCGCGGGGUGCUGAAGGCACGGCUUGACCAGAACCUCCGAGUCGGCCUCCUUUGGGAGGGCCGUAUCAAGUCGCUUAUAUUCAGCCUCGGCACCGGAGUCGACUUGCGCAAACUGGGCGAGCCAUUCCGAAGCCUGGGGCUCGAAAUACAAUACUCUUCGUAAUGGCGCGCUUUUGUCAGCAAUUACGGAGUGGUCUUUGUGCGACAGUGGCUUUGUCCAGCACUUGCGUCGAUGCGGAGCCCUGCUCU